AUGGCAGCCUUGGCCUGCAACUGCAUCUUACCCUCCCCUGAAGUGCGAAAAUGGAAUGAGAUUAUCAAGAAACACAUGCUCAAUGGUGAUGCAGUCCAAGCUAUGUGUACAUAUGUGAAUGUGCAAGGACUUGGCUUUUAUGCUGAUAACUACACAUUCCCCAUUUUGCUCAAAGCAGCUGGGAGUUGGCCUAGUCCUUGUAUUGGGUUUGCCCUCCAUGGCCAGACGAUAAAAGCUGGUUUCUCCAGCCAUGUUUUCGUCCAAACUGCUCUGUUGAACAUGUAUGGGUCUCGUCACUGCAUUGCCGAUGCUUGUAAAGUGUUUGAGAAGAUGCCUGUCAAAGAUGUGGUCGCUUGGAAUUCCAUUUUAGAUGCAUAUGCCUCUACUAAUCAGAUGGAUGAAGCUCUCAAUUUGUUCAAUUCCAUGCCUUUAAAGGACUUCUCGUCGUUCAAUAUCAUGAUUUCUGGGUACUCGAGCAUCGGAAAGACAGUGUCUGCAAGAAGUAUCUUCAAUAACAUGGCAGAGAAAGAUACUGUCUCUUGGAACUCAAUGAUAUUGGCAUAUAUCCAAGGAGGAGAUAUGGAGGGAGCUUGUGAUUUGUUUAGGGAAAUGCCUGAGAAGAACAUCAUUACAUGGAAUACAAUGGUAAAAGGGUUUUUACAAAAUCGACUUCACGGUGAGGUUCUUGAUUUGUUUGAUGAAAUGAAGACUACAAAUUGCUUGCCUGAUUAUCUUACAGUAACUGGUGUUUUAUCUGCAUGUGCCCAUUUGGGAUCCCAGGAAAAAGGAACUGAAGUUCACAUAUAUGCCAUUGAUAAUGGACUUGCAUCAAGUCGCCAUGUAGCAACAGCUUUGAUAGAUAUGUAUGCCAAAUGUGGAAGCAUACAGCAAGCUUUGCAGGUUUUCUACAAGUCGCAGGUUAAGGAUGUUUACUGUUGGAAUGCAAUGAUUUCCGGGCUCGCAUUUCAUGGUCAUGGCUAUGCUGCUCUCAAAAUAUUCAACAAGAUGAGAAAGAACCAUACAAAGCCUGAUGAUAUUACCUUCAUAGGCUUGCUUAGUGCUUGUAGCCAUUCAGGUUUGGUGCAAGAAGGUAGCCAAUUGUUCUAUAGCAUGCAAAAGGAAUUUGGAAUAUCUCCCAAAAUAGAGCAUUAUGGGUGCAUGGUUGAUCUUCUUAGCAGAGCAAGACAUCUUGAUCGUGCUUUACGGCUAAUCGAAGCUAUGCCAUUUGAGCCAGGAGAAGCCAUCUUGGGUGCUUUGCUUAGUGCUUGUAUAGUUCAUCAAGAUCUUGAGACAGGUGAGAGAGUUAUGAAGCUUGUUUCUUCAAGGGCUAAUUACCUCAGUGACGGGGAGUUUAUGAUGUUCUCUAACUUGUAUGCAUCGUGUGGUCAAUGGGAAGAAGCAAAGAAAUGGAGAGAGCUGAUGCGUGACACAGGCAUUGUUAAAACUGCUGGAUUCAGUAUGGUUGAAGUUGAUGGAAAGUUUCACAAGUUCUUUCCUGGGUAA